GAUCGAAACUCAGAUCGGGAGGAAAUGUCUCAAAAAACAAAAAUGGCUCCGAAACCAGAUCCCCAAUCUGCCAGCAUUGUCUCCGCCGUCGACGCCACCGCUCUAUUCUCAAUGGACCCAUUUUUCCACAUCCUGAAAAUCGUCCCCUACUCUUUCCUUCGCCCACCGCGCCUCCGCCUCAAGCUGCCCUCCUUCUCCCUCCCUUCCGCCAUGACCGUCUUUUCUCUCAUCCUCCUCACCUACUUUCUGGUGGUCUCUGGCUUCAUCUAUGACGUCAUCGUGGAGCCCCCCGGCAUUGGCUCUACCCAAGACCCUGUCACUGGCGCCGUCCGACCUGUCGUCUUCCUUCCGGGCCGAGUCAACGGUCAGUACAUCAUCGAAGGGCUAUCCUCCGGUUUCAUGUUUGUGCUCGGUGGCAUUGGGAUUGUGCUCUUGGAUCUUGCCCUUGAUAAAAACAGGGCUAGGAGUAUCAAGGUUUCGUAUUCAAUUGCGGGGAUCUUCUCCAUUGUUAUCGCCUAUGUGAUGACUUUGCUCUUUGUUCGCAUCAAGAUCCCUGGUUAUCUUAGGUGAAAAUUUUACUUUAUUAGCUACUACUUAAGUUUUCAAUUUAGUUGAACAAUUUUGAAUAAAAAUGGCGUUCUCUUAACCUUGCUUUC